UCCUCCUUUAUAUACCGAGUCACAAAAAAAAACGCCAGCAUCCAGCACGGAGUUUGAAUCCUUUUAUCUGUUUAUCCCUCCCUUCUUUCUUAUUUCGCCCCGGGUCAGGCUUAACUCUCCGUUGUCUCGUGAAGCCAAUAAGCGGGUGGUCAUCGUGUGAGCCAAGGAGUUUUACAGUACAACCUAUAUUGGCUGUUAGAUCGCCAUGACAGCCGAAAAGACUAUUCCCAUAAUAAAUGGAAAACCAGAUGAUGCCAUGGACGCAGAGGCGAAUACCACCUUAGUCAAGAGCACCAAAGACUCCAAAGUAAACGAGAGGGGACACUGGAACAAUAAGAUUGAGUUCGUGCUGUCCGUGGCGGGAGAGAUUAUUGGACUUGGCAAUGUGUGGAGGUUCCCAUAUCUUUGUUACAAAAAUGGAGGAGGUGCCUUCUUUGUCCCCUACGUCAUCUUCUUCAUCUGCUGCGGUAUCCCAGUCUUCUUCCUGGAGACGGCACUGGGACAGUUCACCAGCGAAGGAGGCAUCACCUGCUGGAGAAAAGUUUGUCCGCUGUUUGAGGGAAUUGGAUAUGCAACUCAAGUCAUAGAGGCUCACUUAAAUGUGUACUAUAUUGUCAUCUUGGCCUGGGCAAUCUUCUACCUGUUCAACUGCUUCACCACAGAGCUCCCCUGGGCGUCAUGUGGGCAUGAGUGGAACACAGAACACUGUGUGGAUUCUAAGAACCUUAGCGUUCACAACUUCUCCAGCCCCCAUGCCACCUCUCCAGUCAUUGAGUUUUGGGAGCGGCGUGUGCUGCAAAUCUCUCCUGGAAUUGAGCACAUGGGGAAGCUGCGGUGGGAGCUGGCCAUGUGUCUGCUGCUGGCCUGGAUCAUCUGCUACUUCUGCAUCUGGAAGGGACCCAAAUCCACUGGCAAGGUGGUGUAUGUCACGGCGACCUUCCCCUACGUCAUGCUGCUGGUACUGCUGGUCAGAGGAAUCACCCUGCCUGGCGCUGCCAACGGGAUUAAGUACUACCUCUACCCAGACAUAUCCCGCCUCUCCGAUCCUCAGGUAUGGGUGGAUGCAGGAACUCAGAUCUUCUUCUCAUAUGCCAUUUGUCUCGGUUGUUUAACAGCCCUCGGUAGCUACAAUCCCUACCACAACAAUUGCUACAGGGACUGCAUCAUGCUGUGCUGUCUGAACAGUGGCACCAGCUUUGUGGCCGGCUUUGCCAUCUUCUCUGUGCUGGGCUUCAUGGCGUACGAGCAGGGGGUGCCCAUCGAAGCAGUGGCAGAGUCAGGUCCUGGGCUGGCGUUUAUUGCGUAUCCCAAAGCCGUCACCAUGAUGCCCUUAUCUCCCCUGUGGGCCUGUCUCUUCUUCAUGAUGCUCAUCUUCCUCGGCCUUGACAGCCAGUUUGUGUGUGUAGAGAGUUUGGUCACGGCCGUGGUGGACAUGUACCCCAAGACCUUCCGAGUGGGCUACCGGCGGGAGCUGCUGAUCUUGGGCAUGUCUGUGGGCUCCUUCUUCAUCGGACUAAUCAUGUUAACAGAGGGAGGCAUGUAUGUGUUCCAGUUGUUUGACUCGUAUGCGGCCAGUGGGAUGUGCCUGCUCUUUGUGGCCAUCUUUGAGGCCAUCUGCAUUGGCUGGGUCUACGGAAGUGACAGGUUUUACCUGAACAUUGAGGACAUGAUUGGGUAUAAGCCGUUGUUCUUAAUCAAGUGGUGCUGGAAGAUCCUGACUCCCGGAAUAUGUGCAGGAAUAUUCCUAUUCUUCUUGGUCAAGUACAAGCCGCUGAAGUACAACAACAAGUACACGUACCCUGACUGGGGCUACGCCAUUGGUUGGAUCAUGGCUCUGUCCUCCAUGAUCUGCAUCCCGCUGGGGAUCAUCAUUCAGAUGUGGAAGACAGAAGGCACUUUCAUGGAGCGUCUGAAGAAGCUGACGACCCCCAGUCCGACCCUGGUCAUGCGAGGGAAGCCCAUCACCGCCCCUGUUGCCAACGACUGUGAUGCCAAAUCCAAGAUCUCCACCGUCACAGAGAAGGAGUCACGCUUCUGAAGGGUGCACUGACACAAGCCAAUUUCAAACGCCACCAAUGUGAACGAAAGAGUUUAAAAUGAGACGUCAAAACAAAUGUGUGUGAGUGUGAGAAAACAAAAAAGAGUAUGUACUUGUGUGAUUAUCUUAUAUCCCACAUCUCGCUCCUUUUUUGCACAAACUUAAUUAAUACAUUCAUAUCAUUAGUAACAUCAUGACCUAUGGUAAUAAAUAUGCAUUUAUAAUGACAUAUUGCUUAAGGGAAUAUAGACUUAUAUAAAAUAUAUAUAUAUAUAAUUGUAUCUUUGUCAACAUUUCUUACACUAGCAAGCGCUUACUAUGUGUUUAGAAAGACAUUGUGGAAUGUCAAAGCCUCUGUAAAAUCCUUUCAGUUUGUAGGCAUGUUCUCUAUGCUGUAGAUAGCAACCUAAUACGUUUCGUGCCAUACAAAACCAUUCCAAACAGCACCGUUUGUAUUCCUGGGGAAUUCGUUGGUAGCGAAUCUGUCAACAGCCAGAACAAGCAUAUUCCCUUAGAUAUAUGUAGUGGCUUGCAGGGCAAGUUUCACACAGUUUAAAAUCUUUUUUUAAGUAUGGAUGUCAGUGAGCAGCCGUGAUGGAAUGUGAGGUGCGGAUGAUGUUUUCGGGGAGAGGGAUUAACGCUGAAGUGAUGAGAGCAGAUUGGGACUUCCCUGUUUUGCUGCCAAGACUGUUUUUUGAACUUGUUCUGCAUGUUGCCUUUUCCCCUGCUCUACUCUGCUCUUCCCUGUUGUCUCACACAACAAAAGCUUGUGUCCUCUGUGGACAACACAGUUGAGAUGUUGAGACAACUGAGAUGAUUGGUUCAGAUUGACUAGAGUUGAGUUGAGGUGAGCAACCCAAUACUGUCUCGUGUUCUACCAAACCCUGAGGUCACGUCACAUCACUGUGUGCACUGCUCAGUAAGACACAGGAGCUUCUUCUGACAAAUCCAGGGCAGUUCCAUGGCAGUUAUUAAUCAUAUUACCGUAUGGUAUUAGGCAGAUGAUAUCCUUUUAAGGGGGAAGGGUGGGGUCAUACCCAGAGCAAAUUACGUCAUUGGCUACUACUAAUUGCAGAGCAGGUUCUUCAUGGUAAUUGGCUGAGCUGGUCUCAGCACCACACAAUGGAAAUGUUUUGAAAGUAAACUAUUAUUUUGGAGCAGGUCGACUGAUGGACGAGGAAGAGGCAGGAACGCAAUACGCUGCAUAACGACAUACUUCGUUUGUAGUUUUUGAUAUUUCCUUUUGUAACUCCCAUUUGCUUUGUCAUCCAUUAUGGAUCUGUCAAAACAUGUGACUGGAGGGUUAGGAAGGUCAUAGGUCAGGUUAUACAGCUGAGGAUUUUGACGCUACUGCCAGUCUCCAUGUUCACACGUGCUGUCUUUGGAAUGGUGUACAUUAUCGCAACGUCUUCAUGUAAGUUUGUGCAAGUAGACAAAAUGUGCAUUUUAAAUAAUACAUUGUUAACAAAUUGAGUAUGAUGUAAAUUUUACAUCCUGUUAGUUGGAUGCAUAUUGCUCUUUGGGAAAUGAAAAGAUCUUUCGUGAAAAGAUUUUUGAUAUGUUGUACAACAUGUUCUUCUGAAGUUUUUAGAACUAUAAUGCAUAUGUUGUAUGUACUGUUUACAAUGAAUUUGGUAUUCACUUUACAAGAGAACUGGCCGCUUACCCAUUUUUGAAAUAAAAUUUAAAGAAAAA